AUGCCGGAUACCAGUGCUGUCCCAAGCACCCCAGCAUCCCCAACUUAUCCCCCUCACAUUUUCGCCCCCCAGCCGGCGGCCAUUCGACAGCAGCUUUGCUCCCCCCCACGGCCUGGACUGCUCACGGCCAUCGCCUGUCACCUACCGGCGGCUUUGGUGUCGCUGGCCGGGCUGAUCGUCGGCUCGCGUGGGAUUGACGUACACUUCCGCGACCCGAGCAGUCAGGAUAAUGAGCGCCUUUUCCCCCCGCUGGCCAGCUCGCAGACCCCCUUCGAGGGCCGCCUAGAUCUCAUCCGAAUGCUGCUGCACUGCAAUGACUACUCCUUCGCUGGCUAUGGGCGCUCCAUCCUGGAGAUCUUCCUUUACAACACGGACUCCGAUGACAUCCGCCUCUAUUCAAUCGAGUUCCUGCGCGUGCUGAUCCGUGGCGCGGCACGGCUCCCUCGCUCGCCAGCCUCUUGUGGGAGCAUGUGCUGCUUGUGUGCCCGGCCGCGGCCUGGCUCGCCUGUGCCGGAUCAUCUGGAGGAGUCGUUGCCCUCCUCGGUGCGCGGCAGCGACUUGACCCCCUUCUCCUCGGGGCCGGUGUCGCUGGUCACCUGGGCUGUGCGGCAUCUGAUGGCCAGCCUGUCGGACACCUCGCCGCGGGUGGUGGCCGCUGCGCUGAAUGUCCUGGCCGAGGCCGUGUGCUGCACGACCGAUAUUCUGGGCCCGGCGCUAAUGUGUUCCAGCUGUGCUGGUACCAAAUCCGAUGGAGGUCCUCUCUUUGAGCGGGCCUCCGUGUCGGCCGUGGCCGCGGCGACCAUCCUGCGCAUCGGUCUCUGCCACAUGGACCCCAUGUUCUCCGAAGACGAGGUGGUGGCCAGCCUGGCUGGGCGCCCACCGCUGUCGGAGCCGGCCGAACGCCUGCUGCUUGCUCUUUUGGCCACGCCGGCCGGCGUAGCCUGGCUAACACGACACCCGCGUUGGCUGAAUCAGUAUCUCUGCCGAUGGGAGGAUGAACUCGCCGAGGAAUUUGCCCUGAGCACUGAGCGCGCCAUCUCCUCGGCUCUUUCGUCGCCCGGUUGUGACAACUGUCUGCGGCAACAGUCGAUGCUGCUUCAGCCGGAUGCCGAUGUCGAGUCAUCCAGUGAGGUUGGCAGUCGAUCGAGCCCCUCACCCUCCGGGCAGCAUGGGGCCACCUUGGCGGCCUCGCUCGGUGACUUGCCGCGUCACGGUCCUCCGACCCCUGGGCCGAGCUUCUCCCCUGGUACCCAUUUGUCUCUUGGCCUGGCGGCCUGGCUCAAGUCCCGCGAUGUCCAUUGCGGGGCCUGGCGCGGGUUCAUUUGUGACUCGUCUCCCGGACGAGUGAUUCACGGCCACAUGCCGGUGGGCCGGUCGCGUGUGGUGGCAUCCUGCCGGUCGCCAGCGGCGGCAGCCGCCGUCGGCCCAGGCGGCGCCGAGCCCGGGACUCAGGCCUUCCAGACCGUCUGCCUGUGCUUCUGUAAUUGCGAGUGCACGCGCGUGUGGACCGGCCCGGAGGCCGGGCCCGAGUGUGCCAACAACCCUCCGUCGGUUAUCCUGGGCAUCCACCUGUUCGGGGUUCUGUCACGCACUCGAGCCGGAUGUGCCUUCCUCGAGCAGUCACCUCUCUUCCGGCGGUACAUCGAUGUCCUUCGCGAGGGAGCCUACACCACCAGCGCCGCCGCGGGCCAGGCUGGGCCCGAAAGUGACCCCAGCUGCGCAUGUCUGGCUGCCAGCAUCUCCUUCCAGGAUCGCCUGGAGAUGGCGCGGCAGGAGAUGCUCUUCAAGACAGCGCUCUGGUCGGUGGCACAUCUUUUCAUCUCAACAGCCGGUGUUCGGCUGCUGCUGCGCCACAACAUCCCGAACAUGCUGCUAAAUAUUGCCGAGGGCGUGCAUCCGGGUCCCGGUGGUGCUCUUCUUGCCUCCACCGAGGUGCCUACCCUGCGCGGCAGUGUUUUCUAUGCUCUAGGCCUGGCCUCUCAGACACACCUCGGUCGCUCAUUGCUUGCCACUCGUCACUGGUCUGUGGCCGGGGCCUCGGCACCAAUCAGCUCAAUGAAAUUCCUGACGGCCACCUAUUCACCACGGGACUUCGGCGCGGCCGUCGGCGUGGUACCGGCCAGCGUGGCCAAGUUCCUGAGGCACUUCGACAACUCCUCCCUCUCCCGAUGCAUUCCCACGGUGGCCUCAUCUCCCUGGCCGCUGGAUUCCAGUGCCCGCUUGGCCUUGCGGCAGGUGACGCGGCUGGCAAACGGCGUGGUGGUGAUGGCCGCCUCGCGAGAGCUCCAUCGUCUGAAGGCCCAGGGCCCGGAGGUGUUUGCCCGGGCGGAUUUCGCCCGGGCCGCACUCGGCUUGUUGGAAGUUCAGGGAUCCCGGUACCGGGCCAGUGCUCGGCGCCUGGUGAUCAUCGAUCUGCUGGAGCAAGCAUGGUCUUCGCCCGAAGCCUGGCGGCGCUUCUUCCAAGAGUGCGACCGAGUGGCCGGGCUGCUGCCUAAGGCUGGGCUUGGGAGCACAUGUGUGCGGUCAACUGUGGCCGAGGAUGCCCCGGCCCCCGGGUGUUGUGGGGAAUGCGGCGCUGGUGCCCCGGGUCCCGACCCAUGCCCGCGGUGCAAUGCCACCACGGCCGGGUCUUCGCGCCAGGGGGCCGGCUUGUCUGGUCUCGGGUCCGAAGGUCUUUGGUCCGAGUGGCUGGCGUCACUGGCAACCGCUCAGGAGGCCGGUCCGCCGACCAGUGCCGGCUCAUCGGCCACCGCGUCGGCCGGAUCGCUGGAGUCCAACACAAAGCGCCUCCCGGCCGGCACUCGAGUCAAGCCUGACAUUGGACCGCGGGGGACCUCUUCGACCCAGGCCCCAAGGGCCGCCAACCAUCAGGCGGCCAGUCUCGGAAGUGCUGAUGCCACUCCCACCUCAUCUCCCUCUUCAGAUUCCCGGACGCCUCCGGACUCGCCGGCGACCUUGCUCUCCAGUCAUCGACCUCGGGGCAUGUCUCCGGGGAAGGGCGCACGCCCUGGGGUCAGCAGCGUGGCGGCUGCCGGGCAGCCGCCAGCCGCCUCGGUCCCCCGGGGUCCCCCCUCCGACACGGACUCCGGUGCUGAUGGCGCUCUCUCGCCGCGCAUUGUCCUUCGCGGCUUCUGCAUGCCGGUCAUGCCUUUGCCCAAGGAUCCAACCCCUUGA